ACUAAUCUCUGUGUUACAUUGUGUGUGUGUGCGUGUUUCAUAGAGGUGCUUCCAUGGCGAAGGGUGGUGCGAGUUAUCGGAUAUCUUCAACACCUGUGACUGUCUUCACACAUCUCUUAGUGAUAUCAAUUGCAACCCUUGUCCUGGUUUGGCUCAUACACUUCCGUGAAGGCUUUGCUUUCAAGUCUCAUAUCAAAGCCAAGAUUUUUAAUUUGCAUCCACUUCUUAUGACACUUGGAUUCGUAUUAUUUUCCGGGGAAGCAAUCAUCGUGUAUAAAGCCAUCCCUGCUAAUCGAAAAACCCAGAAACUAAUUCAUCUGAUACUUCAUUUUAUCGCACUAGCUGCUGGAAUUGUGGGUGUUUAUGCGGUUUUCAAGUUUCAUCAUGAACGUCACAUCCCACAUAUGUACACCCUGCAUUCAUGGAUUGGUUUAUCCACCAUUUGCUUAUUUGGUUUACAGUGGCUUCUAGGGUUUUUCUCAUUCUGGUAUCCGAGAGCAGAAUCUGCAACAAGGGCGAAGAUGGCUCCAUGGCAUGCUUUCUUUGGCGUUGUCAUCUUCUUCAUGACAAUAGUGACUGUUGAAACCGGGUUGACUCAGAAGUUUCUUUUUCAAGGCUUAUAUCGCAGCCAAGAAGCACUUAUUGUAAACUUUACAGGAUUGUUAAUCCUCCUUUUCGCGAUUUCUGUGGGACUCAGCGUCAUCCUUCCUCGGAGAAACUAAUUAGGGUUGUUUUCACUUUUCUCCAUGUUUGUGAUCAUUAACUUGAUUUAUUCGUGUUUGCUU